AUGAAGUAUUUAAUUAUUUUUUUGAUAGGAAUCGUUGCGACGAUCAAUGCAGUUGAGGACCAGAAUUGGGCCGCUGCUAAAGACGCUGAGCAACCUGCGAAUCAAACACCAGCUGCGGUUCCAGAACAGCCUCUCAACACAACGCAAUCAGUGAAUGGAACAAAUGGAGCACCACCUGCGCCUACCGACGCAACGCAAUCAGUGAAUGGAACAGGAGUUGAGACUGGACAGCAAUCAACGAAUGGAACAAAUGCAGCGCCAGCUGCGGCGCCAGCUGCGGCGCCUCUCAACGCAACGAAAUCAACGAAUGGAGAACGAACUGCAGCUGGACAACAGCUGGGUAAGCGAGGAAAUCGUGGAUAUAGAGCACAAGAUAAGGAUAAAGCAGCUGGUAAUCAGCAGCAUCAAAGAAAUGCACAUCGACGUCGUGGACAUCGGCGACAUAAUCAGGGGUCCUCAGAAGAAGGGAAAAAGGUCAAGUCUGCAAAUCAAGCACCAGAAAAAAAUCCAACAGUACCAGUCAAUCCAACAAUAGCAGGAAAUCAAAAUCAAACUGGAAAUGAAACACAAGCGCCACAGAACGCUACCUCGGUUCAACAGCCUAACAACGCAACGCAAUCAAUGAAUGAAACAAAUGCAGCACGAGCUGCGCCUACCAACGAAACGCAAUCAGUGAAUGGAACAGGAGUUCAGAAUGGACAGCAAUCAACGAAUGGAACAAAUGCAGCGCCAGCUGCGGUGCCUCUCAACGCAACGCAGUCAUUGAAUGGAGAACGAAGUGCAGCUGGACUACAGCCGGGUAAGCGAGGAAAUCGUGGAUAUAGGGCACAAGGUAAGGAUAAAGCAGCUGGUAAUCAGCAGCAUCAAAGAAAUGCACAUCGACGUCGUGGACAUCGGCGACAUAAUCAGGGGUCCUCAGAAGAAGGGAAAAAGGUCAAAUCUGCAAAUCAAGCACCAGAAAAAAAUCCAACACUACCAGUCAAUCCAACAAUAGCAGGAAAUCAAAAUCAAACUGGAAAUGAAACACAAGCGCCACAGAAUGCUACUUCGGUUCAACAGCCUAACAACGCAACGCAAUCAAUGAAUGAAACAAAUGCAGCACCAGCUGCGCCUACCAACGAAACGCAAUCAGUGAAUGGAACAAAUGGAGCACCAGUUGCGCCUAUCAACGAAACGCAAUCAGUGAAUGGAACAGGAGUUGAUAAUGGACAGCAAUCAACGAAUGGAACAAAUGCAGCGCCAGCUGCGGCGCCUCUCAACGCAACGCAGUCAUUGAAUGGAGAACGAAGUGCAGCUGGACUACAGCCGGGUAAGCGAGGAAAUCGUGGAUAUAGAGCACAAGGUAAGGAUAAAGCAGCUGGUAAUCAGCAGCAUCAAAGAAAUGCACAUCGACGUCGUGGACAUCGGCGACAUAAUCAGGGGUCCUCAGAAGAAGGGAAAAAGGUCAAAUCUGCAAAUCAAGCACCAGAAAAAAAUCCAACACUACCAGUCAAUCCAACAAUAGCAGGAAAUCAAAAUCAAACUGGAAAUGAAACACAAGCGCCACAGAACGCUACUUCGGUUCAACAGCCUAACAACGCAACGCAAUCAGUGAAUGAAACAAAUGCAGCACCAGCUGCGCCUACCAACGAAACGCAAUCAGUGAAUGGAACAAAUGGAGCACCAGUUGCGCCUAUCAACGAAACGCAAUCAGUGAAUGGAACAGGAGUUGAUAAUGGACAGCAAUCAACGAAUGGAACAAAUGCAGCGCCAGCUGCGGCGCCAGCUGCGGCGCCUCUCAACGCAACGCAAUCAACGAAUGGAAUACGAACUGACGAUGGUAAGCAAGGAGCGAGUGACCACGUACCACCAGGACAGGCUAAAAAAGGUAUUAUAUUACCUUUUUGGGUAAGACGCCGGGGCUCGCCUUUCGUGCCAAACGCAAAUAAUCCUGUAAUGUUUUAAACCAAUUUGAUUGUAUCCUCGAAACACCCCUUUUUAUCUGACAAAAUUUUAUUUCUAUUUUAAUUUUUAUCAAUCGCGAACAUUUAUAGUGUACUUACUCUAGAAAAAUACUAAUAUAUACGAGUAAUAUGGGGUUAUAAAUCUGUUAUAAAUAAAGGAUGCACUAAUAUUUUUCAAUUAUA